AUGGCCGGCUUCGCAAGGUCGGACGCAGGGGCGGAACAAAUGGCCCUGACAUUCGUUGUGGUGGCAGAUCCCAUGACCGCUAUCCGCCUUGGAAAGGUCGAGGCGGCGACAUCGGGUUUCUUUGCCAUCGAGCUUGAGCAGCUGCAGGCACCCUCAGUGCCUGCCACCCUCCAUGCACCGGAGGAUCCCGAGGGCUAUGCCUUCCCGCUCCCCGAUGCUUCUGGACCAUACCUUUGUACCCAAGGCGUUGGAGGACACCUGACGCAUUUCUUCCCGGAGAGCUAUCAUGCUGUAGAUCUUCGAUGCGCAAUGCACACGCCGGUGCUGAGCAUUGGAGAUGGCAUUGUGAAGGAAAUCGCACAGACACACAAGUGUGGCGGAAUCCAUGCUGCCAACCUCGCAAAGUGGAACUCGGUUUCUGUCGUGUUGGAAUCUGGCAUCAUCGUGGAUUACCUCCACAUCCUUGCGGACACAGCGCGUGUUCAGGUCGGCGACCACGUUAGGCGUGGACAAGUUCUCUGCGAAUCUGGCGAUAUUGGCUUCGCGCCAGAACCGCACCUCCACGUAGAGUUGCACAGUGCAGCGGAUCCGGACGGGCCUUCCCUGCCUCUUCACUUUGGCCGAGAAC